CCAUAAGUAGAGAACUGUUAUAGCAGCAAUCCAACAUCGAUAUCGAUCAAUCCAUCAUGCCUAGAGAGAGAUUGGAUCCUCUUGUUGUUGGGAGAGUUGUGGGGGAUGUUUUGGAUCCCUUUACAAAGUCUAUCUCUCUCAGGGUGUCCUACAAUAAUAGGGAGGUCAGCAAUGGCUGUGAGUUCAAACCUUCCCAAAUUGUCAACCAGCCUAGGGUUGAUAUUGGUGGGGAUGAUCUCAGGAACUUCUACACUUUGGUUAUGGUUGAUCCUGAUUCUCCUAGCCCAAGCGAUCCCAACCUCCGGGAGUAUUUGCAUUGGUUGGUCACUGAUAUUCCAGCAACCACAGGGGCAACGUUUGGACAAGAGGUUGUGUGCUAUGAAAGUCCCCGACCAUCGGUGGGGAUUCAUCGUUUUGUGUUCGUCUUGUUUCGGCAGCUGGGGAGGCAGACAGUUUAUGCGCCCGGGUGGCGUCAGAACUUCAACACCAGGGACUUUGCUGAGCUUUACAAUCUCGGGUCACCGGUGGCAGCUGUUUUCUUCAAUUGCCAGAGGGAGAGCGGCUCUGGUGGACGGAGAAGGACUGACUGAAAAUGAAGACUUAAUACAGAGAUUGAAAUGGCUGCAUUGAAUUAUAUAUAGUUGAAGAUUAAUAGAUGCAGGAAGGAUAACAAAGUAUAUGAAAGACUUGGUAAACAUAUAUAACAUAUAUUAUAUGUCUUCCUACGUAAAAGGAAUAGAAAUAAAGUAUGAAGAGCCAGCAAGACAAAAUAUGAUCUACUGAUUAUCUAAGAAUAUAUGACUCAUCUGAAUUGGAACUUGGAAGGGAUAUGUAAUAUAAUAUUAGUAAAAUU